UUCCUUCAAAACGGACGCGCUGGUUGUUGGCGAAGAGUUUCUAUAAACAUCUCUAUUAAUAUAACGUGCUCAGCGCCAUGGAUUUCCAAAACCGUGCCGGUGGCAAAACCGGUGGCGGAGGUAUGGCUUCCUGGUCCGAGAGCAACCGGGACCGGCGGGAACGAUUGCGGCAGCUAGCGCUGGAAACAAUCGAUCUAAACAAGGAUCCCUACUUCAUGAAAAACCAUCUCGGCUCGUACGAAUGUAAGCUUUGCCUUACGCUGCACAACAACGAGGGCAGCUAUCUGUCCCACACGCAGGGCAAAAAACAUCAGGCCAAUCUGGCACGUCGUGCGGCGAAAGAGGCAAAGGAAGCACCGUGGGUAAUACAGCCGGAAAAACCACGCAUUGAACCGAAAAAGUUCGUCAAAAUCGGUCGUCCCGGUUAUCGGGUAACGAAGCAGCGCGAUCCGGAGAAUGGUCAGCAGUCGUUACUGUUCCAAAUCGAUUACCCGGAAAUUACGGACGGUAUUGUACCGCGGCAUCGGUUCAUGUCCGCGUACGAACAAAAGAUCGAACCACCGGACCGUAAGUGGCAGUACCUUCUGUUUGCAGCCGAACCGUACGAAACGAUCGCGUUCAAGGUGCCGUCACGCGAGGUGGAGAAAACCGAGGGAAAGUUCUGGACCCACUGGAACAAAAACACCAAACAGUUUUUCCUACAGUUUUCAUUCAAGCUGGAACCGAAGAUUAUUCCGCCACCGCCCCCGAAUGUGCACCGGAUGCCACAUCCUGGUCGUCCGAUGUUUAAUCCGGUUCCACCACCACCGAUGGGUGUCGUGCCCGUGCCGGCGCCACCACAUAUGUGAACAAGCAAACGGGGAAAGAACGUAAAUGAAUAGUUGACCUACGUCAGCAUAUGCUAUGGACUAAUAAAUAACCAUAACCGACAGUAAUCGUAUGUAUACGUAUGCAUGUACACAUGAUGACUGCUGAUAUUUUGCUGCUGAGUAUAGGAAAUAUUGUGAGUAGACCCUUUUCGAUACUGUUCUGUGUGUUACUAAUCCGCUAAAUCAUCUAAA